AUGUCUUCAAAGAAUGAAGUCCACGAAACAGAUGAGCAUUUAGAGCAGCGCUGGUUCUUGAUUGAGCUUGAGGAGGCCAUAGUGGCCCUUGAUGAGCACAAACUUGACGCGACACGACUCAAAAACUUCAACGUCAACCUCUGCCGCCUGAGUCUCGAUCAAAACUCAGAGCUCAAGCCCCGCUUUUUCACGCCAAGACCCAACCUCCCGCAACCCAGCGAUGAGAUACUCAAUAGAGCCUGUUCAGUUGCGGAUCCCAAGGAGUGUUUUGAAGACCCAUACUCUCGUGCACACGCCAUGCACGAUGACUGGAACUCCUAUGCUUUUCACCAAGUACGUGACGAUUAUGACGGGCCGUGGCGUUCAAAGGAGCCUAUCGAUUACACCCCUUACAAGAGCGUGUACCAGUUUGGCGCCGUAUGGAACGGCAUUCCAUCAUUUGGCGCUUUUAGGAUGAUGGAUAGUGCUGGAAAGAAAUUUCCGCAUUUCAAAGCAGUCGUCUUCAACGACUUGGAGGCGGAGAAUAACACUUGUUUCCGUGGAGAACUCCUGAUCAGUCUUCGCAUAAUGUUGGGCCAAUUGAGAAAAGUGCGCUUGGUUCACCAUCAAAUAGCACCGGGUAUUCUACAGGUUUUGCUUAUGUCAUUGGCUGGCUUGCACGCACGUUUAUUGGAGUGUUAUUAUGACGAGAAAUCGAAAUCCCUCAUGAUGCGUUCUUCUGAUCUUUACGAGCUCUCCAACAAGACGUCUAUAUCGGAAGCGUUCAUGGCCCUCACCAAGUACUUUCUUGGCGAUCCAGUAGGGACUACGAUCUAA